AACGGUUUGUCCGUUAAACAGUCGGCCCGUUGAACGGUCAGCGCGCGCCGCGGGGGACAGCACGGAGCGCGCCGCCAUGUCGUACUGCCGGCAGGAAGGAAAAGACAGAAUUAUAUUUGCGACCAAAGAGGACCACGAGACACCAAGCAGUGCUGAGCUGGUUGCAGAUGACCCAGAUGACCCUUACGAAGAACAAGGAUUGAUAUUGCCCAGUGGAGACAUCAAUUGGAAUUGCCCGUGUCUUGGUGGAAUGGCUAGUGGUCCCUGUGGGGAACAGUUCAAGUCCGCGUUUUCUUGUUUCCACUAUAGCACAGAAGAAAUCAAGGGAUCAGACUGUGUGGACCAAUUCCGUGCGAUGCAGGAGUGCAUGCAAAAAUACCCAGAUCUUUACCCCCAAGAGGAUGAAGAAGAAGAGAAAGAGAAGUCGAGCAAAGAUUUAGAAGCUAAUCCUAUGGAAGCUUCCGUAGCCAAAGAGGAGAAGGGAUCUAGCUAAUGAAGACACAAGGAGGCUGUUGUCUCCACUUCUCAUUUUUUUCAGGCGUGGACUUCUGCAAGGUGUCUGUCUUUUGAGUCCUCAAGAAAUGUUUCACCAUCAUUCUAUACACUAUGUCAUAGUAAAUAAUUUAUUGCAGAAGGAGAAAUCUCAGUGCUAGAGCCUUGCAAAUAAAUACUGCAAAAAGAAUGAGUAUGUGUAUGCACUGUGCAACCUGUAAGUGGUCACAACCCAAACUUCUAACAACCGUCUUUUUCUUUCAGUUCUCAGCUAGUGUUUAGACUUGAAAAAAAAAUCUCUAAGUAUAUAAAAUAUGCAACUUUCAGCUAAGUUUCCACUAGAGCACCAGGUCUGUCUUCAUUUCAAUGUGUUCUGUUCAGUAGCUGUUCUCUUAAUGUAUUUCAUCUUAGGGGAAAAAAAUGAUUUAGAAGAUUGUUUUUCCUUUUGCUAGAAUGAUUCAGAAUGUUGAAAAUGGCAUUAUUUAGAUUUAUGGUUACAUUUUACUACUGAUGUCAGGUAAGGACUGCCAAAAAUGUUGGAAUGUGUGGCUUCUUUGAUUUCAUUAACUGAUUGUGAGACUUCUACAUUUGUGCAGCUUUUGAUAUGAAUGGAAAGAAUGCUGAUCACUUGUUUUAUUUUUGUUCUGAAAGCACUGUUUUUGAGUUUUCUUAGUUGGUGUCUGCUUCAGUGUAUGGACAGGCUCUUAUAAAAUGCUUUAUGAUUAAAAUGAAAAUGUUACCUGGUGUAGUGAUCUCAAAACGGAUACUGUGACUUAAGU